GGGUCCUCCAGCUCCCGGUCUCAGUCUGCUGCCAGCGGCGGAGCAGGCGAGGCGGCGAGGCUGCAGGCGCGACACGCACACGCAUGGGCAGAACAAAGCUCUUGUCACAACUGUACUUCCUGAUUGUCGCCUCCUGUCUGCAACCCGAUGAAUCUCUCCCUCCUUCCUCCCCCCCCCCCUCCGCUUGAUAUCAUCAUGCAGAAAGAGAGGAAUGAGACGCAAUAAGAGAUUCAGAUGCUGAUGGAGUCCUAGACAGAUGCCUCCCUACAGAGACUUCUUAUCUCCUCUUGCCUGGUGGCAGAAUACAAAGAAGUCACCUUGAAAGAGCUGGAAAGAGGACUUCGGGCCGCAGCUUUUAGAGUGGGCUUCAGAACAACAGGAUAAUCUUCUCUCCCUCUUUUCCUCCACUCGGACAGCAAUGGAGACUCUGUCCCAGGACAUUCUCCUGGAGUGUCAGAUUUGUUUCAAUUACUACAGUCCUCGACGGAGGCCCAAAUUGCUGGACUGCAAGCACACCUGCUGCUCCGUUUGCCUUCAGCAGAUGAGGACCAGCCAGAAGGACUUGAGGUGUCCGUGGUGCCGAGGGAUCACCAAGCUGCCGCCUGGGUUUUCCGUCUCGCAGCUGCCGGACGACCCAGAGGUCAUCGCCGUGAUUGCAAUUCCCCACACUUCCGAGCACACCCCGGUCUUCAUCAAACUUCCUAGCAAUGGGUGUUACAUGUUGCCGUUGCCUAUCGCCAAGGAGAGGUCCCUGUUGCCGGGGGACAUCGGCUGCCGCCUCUUGCCGGGCCCUCAGCAGAAGUCUGUCACCGUGGUGACGAUCCCGGCCGAGCAGCAGCCGUUGCAGGCCGCAAUCCCCCAAGACGCAGGAGACGAGGAACAAGACAGGAGGGGCAUGGUGAAAAGUUCGACCUGGUCAGGAGUGUGCACGGUCAUCCUGGUGGCUUGCGUCUUGGUCUUUCUCCUCGGCAUCGUCCUCCACAACAUGUCGUGCAUCUCCAAGCGUUUCACUGUGAUCUCUUGCGGCUGAGAGCAGCCGCAUUCGCAACACUCCUGCGGGCUAAGUUUUGGGGUUUGGGAAGGGGGGCUGUGGGGGUGGCAGGAUGCCACGCGGUGGAGCGUUAGGACCGUUCAAGUGGACUGUUCUCCAGUACUGAGUGAUUGACGCCGGGCAAAGUCUAUGGUCUGCUGUAAAAAGUUGGACUGUGAGAGAUGCGCCGGCGGCACCCGGGGCACGCUGCGUGCUUACCUGCUGGCAACUGUAUCAAGGAAGACUGCAUGCAUCACCAUAAUCACUUAACAAAUGAGCUGUAAUUUAUAAUGAUGUCAUCAUGUUACGAUACUAAAGAUGUCUAUUAGCUGGUUCUGCUGUACAAGUCUAGAACGUGAUCGCUCCAACCCCUCGCCCCCUCCUCCUCUUAACAGAGUCGUUGACCACAAAUUAAAAAAUGCCGUACGUUCAAGUAGAAUUAAGCAUCGGAAUUAAGGAAGUCAGAUUUACCCAGUACUUUCUUCCAAGCGUAGCAGAAGCUUUUUUUUCAUUUUUAAACAGCAACUGGGAAAGUUGUGAAAAGUAGUUAAUAUAGGCUUCUUUUGGGCAUCUUUUAAAUUGCACAUUACUUAAAAUGUUGUUUUUUUAAACAAAUCUGUGCUUGCAGUUAUAGAAAGGAAAGAUUUGUUUUAAAAGUGUUGGAACUACUUCAGAUGUAAUAUAUAUGUGUAUGUUUCUGUGUGAUUUUUGUUUUCCUCCUGUAGUUUAAGUGACUUUUUAUGAAUUGAAAUGGGACCCAAGCAGUGAAGCAAUAAAGGGAAGUAGGAAGGGUACCUAGAUGUUCCGGCCAAAACUUUUUUUUUAUCUGCGUAUGCCCUUGUGAAAAACGUUACUUGAAACUAUAGACCCCGGGCAUUCUUUUUUUCAAGUGGAUGAAAUAAGAUUCUUAAAAGGAUUUCUCAAGGACUUGAAGAAGCGAGUAAAGAGAUGGCCCCACUCAAGGCGUAGGCCGUUCUUCCUAUAGGGAGUUUUGUUCACCUACGGCUGGCUACCUAUCUGUACUUCUGAAUGCGGGUUGAAAACUGUGUUCCUGACGGAUGUGUAACUUGGGGAGGGGGUCUAUAGAUCCUUGUUCGUUAUUGUGACUGUGCGAUGCUAACGGAGGCUGUGGUUAUGAUGAAGUGUAUGCAAAAAUAAAAAUCGUAGUGUUGGCACCCCA